UGAGGGAGAAGGCGCUGUGUGUGUUGAGGCGGUUCAGGGGCCCUGAGGUAAACUUUGACCCGAGGGACGGGGUUUCAUAACGGAGACCGAGGGCGGAGAGGGAGGAGGAGGAGGCCUGCCCGUGCCUUCCCUCUCGGUGGCAGCCUGCCUGCCUGCCUGCCUGCCUGGGCGGCAAUGAAGGAUCCCGAAGGUCUCUCGAAAUUGAGGCACCCUGAACGAGGGCGGUGGGCUUGGCAGCUCCUCAUUGACAUGCUGUCAGUGCAGAACCGAAUUGGAGCUCCAUGAUCUUCUCAUAUGAAUAUAGUUUACAACACUCAUAUCCUACAGUUGGCUUCUUCAGGAAUUGAUCAUUCUCAAUCAUCACCAUUCAUCAUCCAGAAAAGUGUAAACGGACAGAAAUACAAAUGUCUACCACAAGACUAAAGUGUGAUGUGUUAUGUUCUUUACCAUAAGUACCCAUAAAAUGAGCUCCAUUGCAGACAGGGAUGAUGGUAGCAUUUUUGAUGGUCUCGUGGAAGAAGAUGACAAGGACAAAGCAAAGAGAGUAUCAAGAAACAAAUCUGAAAAGAAACGCAGAGAUCAGUUUAAUGUACUCAUUAAAGAGCUGGGAUCCAUGCUUCCGGGCAAUGCUCGGAAGAUGGACAAGUCUACUGUACUGCAAAAGAGCAUUGACUUUUUACGAAAGCACAAAGAAAUCACUGCCCAGUCAGAUGCUAGUGAAAUCCGACAAGAUUGGAAACCCACAUUCCUUAGUAAUGAAGAGUUCACCCAGUUAAUGUUAGAGGCUCUUGAUGGUUUCUUUCUAGCAAUUAUGACAGAUGGAAGUAUAAUAUAUGUAUCAGAAAGUGUAACCCCCUUACUUGAACAUUUGCCUUCUGACCUUGUGGAUCAGAGCAUAUUUAAUUUUGUCCCAGAGGGGGAACAUUCAGAGGUUUAUAAAAUACUGUCUACUCAUCUGUUGGAAAGUGAUUCAUUGACUCCAGAAUAUUUGAAAUCAAAAAAUCAGCUUGAGUUCUGUUGCCAUAUGCUCCGAGGGACAAUAGACCCCAAAGAGCCACCUACAUAUGAAUAUGUCAAAUGUAUAGGAAACUUCAAAUCCUUAAGUAACAUGCCUAACUCUGCACAUAAUGGUUAUGACGAAACUAUACAGCGGUCCCAUAGACCUUCCUAUGAAGACAGAGUUUGCUUUGUAGCCACAAUUAGAUUAGCUACACCUCAGUUUAUUAAGGAAAUGAGCACUGUUGAAGAACCCAAUGAAGAGUUCACCUCUAGACAUAGCUUAGAAUGGAAGUUCCUUUUCUUGGAUCACAGGGCGCCACCAAUAAUAGGUUAUUUGCCAUUUGAAGUGUUGGGGACUUCAGGCUAUGAUUAUUAUCAUGUGGAUGACCUAGAAAAUCUGGCAAAAUGUCAUGAACACUUAAUGCAAUAUGGGAAAGGAAAGUCCUGCUAUUACAGAUUCCUCACAAAGGGGCAACAGUGGAUUUGGUUGCAGACACAUUACUAUAUCACUUACCAUCAGUGGAAUUCUAGACCAGAGUUCAUCGUAUGUACACAUACAGUUGUAAGUUAUGCAGAAGUUCGAGCAGAAAGACGGCGUGAACUUGGAAUUGAAGAGGCUCUCCCAGAGAUAGCUGCAGAUAAAAGUCAGGACUCUGGUUCUGACAACCAUAUAAAUACAGUUAGCCUCAAAGAAGCAUUGGAGAGAUUUGAUCGCAGUCCGACACCUUCUGCCUCCUCCAGGAGUUCAAGGAAAUCUUCUCACACUGCAGUCUCAGACCCCUCAUCAACACCGACAAAGAUCACAGUGGAUACUAGCACUCCUCCACGGCAAAAUAUAUCCAAUCAUGAGAAGUCUGCACAAAGAAGGGCAUCACUUGGUAAUCAGUCUUUAAAUUCACAACCGAUUGGACAGCCAUUAGCACAGCCAAUGAUGCCUCAGCCUGCAACUUUGCAGAUCCAACAAGGAAUGUCUCAGCCAAUGCUUCAGUUUUCAGCUCAACUAGGAGCUAUGCAACACUUAAAGGACCAACUGGAACAAAGAACACGGAUGAUAGAAGCAAACAUUCAUCGCCAACAGGAAGAGUUGCGAAAGAUUCAGGAACAACUCCAAAUGGUCCAUGGGCAAGGGCUCCAGAUGUUCUUGCCACAGCCAACUCCUGGAUUAAACUUUGGUUCUGUGCAGCUGGCCUCUGGAAACCCAUCAAAUAUUCAACAGAUAACACCAAUAAACAUGCAAGGUCAAGUUGUUCAAACUAAUCAGAUCCAAGGUGGCCUAAACACUGGGCAUAUUGGUAGCCAGCACAUGAUUCAACAACAGCCUCUUCAGAAUACUGCUGCACAGCAUAGUCAACAAGCCAUUCUCAGUGGGCACAGCCAACAGACUUCUCUUGCUACUCAAUCUCAGAACACGCUAUCAACCCCAUUGUAUAACACUAUGGUGAUUUCCCAGCCAGCUCCAGGCAACGUAGUCCAGAUUCCUUCGACUUUACAACAGACUAAUAACCAGAAUACUGCUAUUACCACAUUUGGCCAGGAUAGACAAAUCAGAUUUUCUCAAGGUCAGCAGCUUGUAACAAAAUUGGUCACUGCCCCUGUAGCCUGUGGAGCAGUAAUGGUACCAAGUACUAUGUUUAUGGGUCAGGUGGUGACUGCCUAUCCCACUUUUGCUGCUCAGCAGCAGCAGCAACAACAACAGCCACAGACAUUAUCAAUAACUCAGCAGCAGCAAAGCCAGCAGGAGCAGCAGCAGCAGCAGCAACAACAGCAACAACAGCAGCAGCAACAACAACAACAACAACAACAGCAGCAGCAGCAGCAGCAGCAACAACAACAACAACAACAACAACUUACUGUUCAGCAACCAGCUCAGACACAGUUGGGUCAGCAUCCACAACAAUUCUUGCAGACAUCCAGGUUGCUUCAUGGGAAUCAGUCGACUCAGCUUAUUCUCUCUGCUGCUUUUCCUUUACAACAAAGCACUUUUACACAGUCACACCACCAGCAACAUCAGUCACAGCAGCAACAGCAGCAGCAGCAGCAGAUUUCAAGGCACAGAAGUGACAGCAUGAGUGAGGCUUCCAAAGUCCAACCGUAGUAGGAAGAAGGUAUCCUUCUGGGAGGAAACACAGGGUUCUCCCAUUAGAAAUUGCACUGGUGUGUGUGAGAGAGACGGCUACAGACUUUGCAGAAUCCCAGUAUUUAUCCUAACAGCUCAGAAAGUGUCUGCUGAGGAAUAUAAUGCAAAAUACUGUUGGAGGUACAGUAGAUAUAAAUGCAGAAAAAUGCUGGAGACAAGGAUGUGGCUACCUUUGCCCCAGCUUCUGUAUUUCGCUUUCCUUCAAAAGUCAUGUACUGCCAUGUAUUAAUUUGUCCAGAUCAAGUCACAAAUAUUUGGUGGACUAAACAGGGCACUUAAAAUAUUAUGAUGUUUUAAACACUUCUCAGAUUAAGUGUUGCAAUGGACGUGCUGUUGCUACAACAGCUUAUUGGGUUUUUUUUUUUUAGUUUGCCUGCAAUUAUGCUCCAAAAAAAGUCAAGAGUUAAUUUUUUCAUAUUAUGGGACAGUAAAUAUUUUCAAAAUAUUGUGUGGAAUCAAUCUUUAUUGUACAGAUACUGUAAAAUACUGUGUAUAUGUCUGGAUAAAAAGCAAAGAGAGCAGAAUAUUUUAUAUGAUGCAUGAAACUGUUGGGUUUGAAUAUGUUUUCCCCUAAUUUUCACACAAUGCUCAGAUUGCUGUUUUCAUCUGUUAUUCCUGUUUGUCUUCUACAACAUGCGCCAUCAUUUAUUCCCACCUAUAUUGUGGCACAAUUCUCUUUGUGGUUUAUGUGUGAUGUCAUGGUUUGUUCAAUCAGGUUAUAUAGUGUGCUGGUUUGUGGAAUUUUUGAAGUAAAUUAUUGAUGAAACUCUUUGAACUGUGGAGGGUUCAAGGCAUUAAGUUUCAUAAAUAUCAUAUGUCAUUUCAUUUAGAAAAACUCUAAUUUUUUUCUUUGGAAAAAAAUAGGAAUUUGCACUGCUCUAUUGUAGAUGGUUUGGAAUUUUGCUUCCCCAAAGCUAUCUUUUGAUAUGAUAUAUAGUUGGAAAUAUUUAUGUAAAAAUGAGGUUUAAAAAUAUAAAAGUACUUUACAAGAAUGUCUCAAAUGUAGGAGUAAUUUGCACAAUAAUAUAUUUGAAUUUAAUAAUUGUAGGCACUUUUUAACCUUCUCUGUGGUGAGAGACCGAACUUCAGAAUUUGUUGGAAUCUUUUUAUUCUCCUUUGAAAAUUAUGACCUUCAUUUAAUCGGAAAAUGAUUCAGGGUCAUAUGAAACAAAACAAAACAAAACCCCAUAGUGCCUUGAUUUUGAUUCAGGUGAUCACAUCAUAAUGAAUUUAUGACUAUUUUUGAAGUCUUAGUACAUUGUUAACACAACAUUCUAUAUAGAUGUAUCUCUACUGUAUUUGUAUGUGCAUGUAUUGUAAUGCUCAUUGAAUUUUUUUUAGCAGUUUGACAUUCUGCUUCUCAACCAUUAAGUUUGCAGAUACACAUAAUGUCAUGACUUUUUAUAUAUUCAUCUAAUAAGAAAUUUGGUUCUUCUAAACAACGAAAUGAGAAGCUAAUAGUAAUUAAUAUAACCACUUUGUAAAGCAGCUCACAUUUUACAUACAUUUAAUGGAAACUAUAAAUAAGAGAUAAUCAGUACUGCAGCCUCUGUGACACUGAGACUUCAGAUAGCAAAUUCAUUUCAUAAAGAUAAUAAAAAGAUCCAACAGAAAUUCUGUACAUUCAAAAAUAAACAUUGAGUAGCUUUAUGGUACUAGUUUUAAAAAUCACAUCUGCAAAGCAAAAUGGGUUUUAAUACCGAGCUAGAUUAGAAAUAAGAAUAUGAUUAUGAAGACAGAAUGUCCAAGUCAAGAAAGACAGAAUAUUAUAGAGGAGCUUUAUUAACAUAACCAAAGUGCAGUGAGAUGUUAAGAAUGUAGUGCUGGGUGAACAAAGCUGCAAUGCAGGGAAUGCCAUGGUAGCAAAUGAUAGGAGCAGUUCUCUCUGAGUUUAUUUUCUAGUGAGUUCCAAAUUGAGUACAUCCAUACCUGUUGACUCAACAAGUCCCAUUCUUGUUGGGGACUGACAGUUACUAAAUGUUUGCAUGUUUCCCCUCUCCCCUGGAAACGCGGACAUAAUCAUCACCAUCAUAAAAAACGCAAGAGGAUUUAAGAAGUGAAAAACCAAAGAGUUGGACUAUUUUCCAAGGCCAGAAAAUUGUGGGCAUGAGUAGUAUCUGGAACACCUUGUAGUUAUAGCCUUGAAAGGGACUGUGGCAUACCCUAAAUUAGUCCAAAGUGUAGGAAGCACAUAUUGUGAGGACAUAACUGCUUUAAAUAGCUUUGUCCUACCAUGCCAUUCUGCUUGUUCCAAAUUACAUUGUGUGUAGAUAGAACAAAGAUUUGUGCUUUUGUGAUGUUGUAGUGAAAUGUAGGAUUUGAUUCACCACCAUAACAGUAUAGCACUCAGUAAACCAUUGGGAGAGCUUUAAUAGGAUUUAUAGGCAAGGAUGGCAAAGCUUUAGUAUUUAUAAGAGGAAAUGUAGAGUACAGCUGACAUAUAUUGGUUACAAUAACCUUUGUGGCUGUUUAUUGAGGAGCUGUGAUUUAUUUGUAGUAAAAACUUUAUGGGUCAUUACUACAAAAGUGGAGAAGCAGUGACAAAGUGAAAAAUAAUGGGUAAGGUCUUAAAAAACAUUUCUACUAAAGCUCAGGCAGUAUGUGAAGGAGGCCAAACAAAAAGAAAAAAAUGACACCCCUUUGAUAUUAAAAUUAUGUUGGCACUGAUGUUCUUGGCAGGGUGUUUCUGAUGACUGGUAUAUUUAAAGAGAAGCUACUGCUUCUAUUGUGUUUAAUUUCCGCUAAAACAAGAUGUAAGAUUAGACUCUGGUGCACUGUCAACAUGAUUGUAGUUUCUGUAAGACUGUUGUCUUAUCCAGGUAGUGUUGGAGGAAUGAAUAUAUUCCUCCUUCCGGAAUUUAGUAGAGUCAAAUCUCUGUGCCUGAUUUUGAGGAGGGGGGGGGGGGAGUGAUUAGUUAGUGAAUAUUGUAGUAAAGCACUAGUGCUAAAAAAAAAAUCCAACAAGGCCAACAGGAUGUAUGCUGAAGAAAAGAAUUGUGGGUUAGGCAUGCUUUAAUUUUGGGAAGGGAAAAUAAAUCUCAGAGAUGAGCCUUGGGAAAUGUUAGAGGGAAUUGUAUAAAUAUUUUUAUAUUAUAUUUAAUAUAUAUACAUAUAUACUAUAUUUGUACACAUAUUAAAAGAGUCUAGUCAGAGCUCUCCAUAUGCCUUCCAUUUUUAAAAAUUUAAAGUUUACUUGCUGGUGUUAUGGCUCCAGCGUCACAGUUGUGUAGGCUGCCCACUUGCUGCCAACCAAUAACAAAAAUUACCCGACAUUCAUAUAAGUGCAAAGCUGCUGGUCCUAAUUCAGCUAAAUGCUUAAGGACAGGACUGAUCAGUAUCUAGAAUCACUGGAAUUACUAAUAGUUAGGGUAACCACAUUUUGGGGCAGGACAGGAAACGGAUUUAAAAGGCAGUAGAAAGAAGAAUCUGCUCUGAUCCUUGGCUUCAUCAAGAGGCCAACCCCAAAUGGUAUGUUGUUGGCUGUGGAGAUUGACAAGUCAAGCCUGUUUCUCAAAAGUGCCAUGUUUUUGACCCUCCACAGUGGUCAUCCAUCAUCCUUGAGCAUAAUAUUGAUUUGGGGUAGAGGAAAAGAUGUGUGUAAAUGUAAGCACUUUAUGGUGAUGGGAAGAGAAUAUUCAUUUGGAGGUUUUUUUGUUGUUUUUAGACAAGGGAACUGUUCAUAUAGAGGGUCCAAAGGAAUCAGAAUGUAGACUUAUUGUCAAAAAGAGGCAUUGCUGGGAAAUGUUUCUCAAUAUGGUGAUCCCUUUGAGGCUAAAUAUGCAGGCAUUCAUUGUUGGUUGGCUUGGUAUCUAAUGAAUUAAUCUACACAUCUGAGCAUUUUAGAUCUUUUUUGAGUUGCACAAUUGUCAGAGAUAUCUUGAGGCUUGUGACAAUUCUUAAAGAUAUGAUUCUAAGUGGUCCUUAGGAUUAAAAUGUGUAGAGGGUUUACAGAUGUGGCCUUGAGUAGACUGCUUCAGUCACUAUGAUAGUUCGUAUGUUUAGAGAACGCUCAUUUUGUUGUAUGUGUGCACGCAUGUGUUUUCUGUUAUGGUGUCAUGUGAUUUAGCAUGUCAGACUCAUACAUUGUCUCCCAGGGAAGUAUGUUGCUAAAACAUAUGUGGUGGGGAGGACUGGAGGGAGUAGUUGUACUUUAAAAGGGAGGAAGAGAGGGUCCAUUCUCCCUCCCCAUCCCCAGUAAAAACAGUUGGAAAUCUUUUUUUUAAUAAACCAAGUUGUAUACAGUUGUCUGAAGAUGAAUGUUUAACAGUAAAUGAGAAAAGCGUUGAGAGAUUUUAAACAAAGUAAUUUGGAUGCUUAUGAAACUGGGUAGUUUGUCAAUAUACAUAUAUAUAUUUUUAACACUACAUUCCUUUGUCUUUUAAUAAACAAGUACUUUACAGUCUGUGUUGCUAUGCUUCAUGCUUUCUCAUCCGCAUGGGUGUUAGCCAGCCAGCAUGAUAUUGCUAAGAUAAUGUAUCUACCAGUAACACAAAAAGCAAAAUGAAACACUGUGUAUGAACAAAAUACUGUGUUGCCUGAUACACAGAUCCCAGCUCUAAGGAGAGGUGCUGCACUAGUAGACAAUCAAAAUCUAUGGAAGACUUUGGGGGGGGGGGGGUUCUUAAAGAUACAGCUGCUUUGAAACUGUUUUUUAUUCUUAAAAGUAUUUAUUUUUUAAAUUGUCUAAUUGGAUACUUUUCAGUGUUGAUUUCACAUCGUCUUGGUUUUGCAUUUUUAAAAUUUGGCAUUAGAUUUGUAUAUGUAGACAACCUGUGCAAUUUUCACGAUCUGACAUCAGGAAACUGUAGAUAUGGUUCCCUAGUGUUCAUGUGAUCAUUACCAAGUGUCAGUUUUUAAUUGAAUAAAUAUAACAUUUGAAAUUUC